AGAAGAGGAUGUAUCAUCGUGUCAGAAACAAAUGGAUACUUUUGAGCUUCUUGUAGAAUCGUUAAAGAAAUGGAUAAAAGAGACAACAGAACGAAUUCCAGCAGCGCAACCCUCUCUGAAUACAGAGGAGUUAAAGAAACCUUUGGAAGAUACAUUGAAUUUAAAAGAUGAAUGGACAUUGAAAGCACCUGAACUGCAGAAAAUAAAUAGCAGAGGAACGCUGCUGUGUAAUCUAAUUACUGCUGUGACUUCUCCUGCCAAACUGAGAGCAGCUGCAAAAUCAGAACUGACAACUGUUCAACAAGCCAUGUCUGAUGUAAAUCACAGAUAUGAAGAUUUGGGAGUUUUAUUGAAGGAAAAGAUUUCAGAACUAGAAAGCAUGCUUUCAAAAAUGCAGAAUAUUCAGGAAGAAUCGACCUCCAUGAUGCAGUGGUUGCAAAAAAUGGACAAAACUGCAUCAGACUGGGAAGCUGCUCCAACUGAUAGUGAAGCAGUUAAAGCCCAAGUUGAGCAACAUAAGCUUUUUGAAAGUGAAUUAAAGCAAAGUGCAAAUAAAGUGCAGGAACUAAAGGACAAAGUGACAGAGCUGUUGGAAAAGAAUCCCAACUCUCCUGAGGCGCCCAAAUGGAGACAAAUGUUGGAUAAAAUAGAUUCCAAAUGGAAAGAGCUCAAUCAAGUUACAUCCGAGAGGCAACAAAAACUGGAGGAGUCUUCAAAUUACCUGACCCAGUUCCAGACAGCAGAAGCUCAGCUAAAGCACUGGCUUGUGGAAAAGGAGCUAAUGGUCAGUGUGCUGGGACCACUAUCGAUUGAUCCUAACAUGCUGAAUACACAAAAGCAACAGGUUCAGAUUCUGCUCAAAGAGUUUGACACCAGAAAGCCACAAUACGAGCAGUUAACCAUGGCUGGUGAAGGGAUUCUGAAGAGACCCGGUGAACAUCCACCCUCCCAUGAAAUUGUAAAAGAGCAACUGGCAGCUGUGGCACAAAAAUGGGACAGCCUAACUGGCCAACUGAGGAGCAGAUGUGAUCGAAUUGACCAGGCCAUAGUGAAAAGCACAGAGUAUCAAAGUCUACUCAGAAGUCUGUCUGAUAAGCUAAGUGCUUUGGAUAGCAAACUAAGCAGCAGCCUGGCUGUGAGUACGCAGCCCGAUGCUGUGAAACAACAACUGGAAGUUGCUAGAGAAAUGAAAGAGGAAAUAGAACGGGAAAUGAAGAAUAUAAAUGCGGCUCAAGCUCUUUGUGAAGAGCUGUCAGCGCUGGUUGGAGAAGAGUAUUUGAAAGCAGAACUCACGAGGCAGUUAGAUGGUAUCUUAAAAUCGUUUAAGGAUAUUGAGCAAAAAUCAGACAACCACGUUCAGCAACUUCAGUCAGCAUAUGCCACUUCUCAUCAGUUCCAGCAAACGUCUAAGGACUUUCAGGCCUGGCUAGGCAAAAAGAAAGAAGAACUGAGCCAGGCUCGUCCUGUAUCGGCCAAACUUGAUACUUUGCAAUCACUAAUUGAAGAGCAGAAAGAUUUUAAAAAGACCAUCACUGAUCAGAUUAGUUCCUAUGAAAGAAUUGUUGCAGAAGGAGAAAGUAUCUUACAGAAGACUCAAGGAGCUGACAAAGCAGCAUUACAAUCCCAAAUUGCCACACUCAGAAGCAACUGGGAUGAAAUGAACAAGCAGGUAAAAGAAAGGCAAGAUAAAUUAACAGAUUGUCUGGAGAAAGCCCUCAAAUACAAACAGCAUGUGGAAAAUCUGCAGCCGUGGCUAGAGAAGUGCCAAAGCAACCUGUGCGAAUUAAAAGUUGGCAUAAACCCUGUUGAAAUAGAGAAUUGUAUUGUUCAGGUGAAGGCCUGGCAGAAGGACCUGGAUAAACACCAUGGGAUGGUGGAGCUAUUAAAUAAUACUGCUGAAAGUUUGCUCAGUGCAAGUCAAGCAGACAAAAAAAUUGUUCAAGAAGAAACUAAGGUGCUGAAUGAGAAAGUGAAUGCGGUCACAGAACAAUUACAUAAGAAGAGAGAGUGCUUGGAAAGCAUGGCACAAAGGCUGAAAGAGUUUCAGGAAUCAUCCAGGGAAACUGAAAAACAACUUAAAAAUGCCAAAGAGCAUCUGGAAGCUCAUGACUCACUUGGACCUCAGUCAUUCAGUAACAAACACCUGACAAUGAUGCAGGCCCAGCAGAAAGCCUUGCAGGCUUUAAAGCCUCAUGUUGAUCUAGCAAAAAAGCUUGCCCAAGACCUGGUGGUAGAAGCUUCUGAUUCAGCAGGUGUUUCUGAUCUUUUGCUCCAAGCUGAAUCUUUGGAGAGAGAAUACACUGCACUGAAUCAGCAGGUUGAAGAUAGGUGCUCGUUCUUAGAGACGAAACUUCAGGGAAUUGGCCAUUUCCAAAACAGCAUCCGAGAGAUGUUCUCUCAGUUUGCUGAGUUUGAUGAUGAACUUGAUAGCAUGGCUCCAGUGGGGAGAGAUCUCAAGGUACUGCAAUCACAGAGGGAGGACAUAAAACAUUUCCUCCAAAAGCUGGAGGAUCUUAUCAUGAAUAAUGAAAAUGCUAAUAAAAACUGUAAAAUUAUGCUAGCCACAGAAGCUGAAGCUUCUCCUGAUCUUGUUGGUAUAAAAAGAGACUUGGAAGCUUUAAAUAAACAGUGCAACAAACUACUAGACAGAGCAAAAGCCAGGGAAGAUCAAGUGGAGGGUACUAUUGGCCGUGUUGAGGAGUUUUACAGUAAGCUAAGAGAAUUUUCCAGUCUUCUUGGGAGAGCUGAAGAACAUGAAGAGUCACAAGGUCCUGUUGGGAUGGAAACAGAGACAAUUAAUCAGCAGUUGAAUACAUUCAAGGUAGGAAAUGCAGUUUUAUUAAAUAUCAUUGUGAAAGGGAUUGGUUAA